UGCCGAAACUCAUGCCGAAAUCAUAUAUAUCUAAUGAUAUAUAGCAAACAAACAAAGCUGUUAUCAGUGUCAUCUAUCUGUCAAACUGGAUCAAUCGAAUCGAAGCAAAUCGAAGUGUCAACAAAUUAAAAAGACGUUCCGUCCUUUGUUCAUUUUGUUUUGGAAUUCGACGCAAUUAGUGGUAGUUGUGUGGUGCGUGAGAAGUGCGUGGUGAUCAAGGCUUGGAGCUGGCGAGCGAGGGCAGCAUGUGGGAGGAGGGCGCGAGCGGCGACGGUAGCAGCAACAAGGCGGAGAGCAAGCAGCAUGACGCCUUGUUCAGCGAGCUGAUGCAGGAGUGCAAGCACAGCGCGCCCGGCGCCCGCCUCUCUGCGCGCCUCCGCACCGCGCUCGAGAGGCUGCGGCCGGAGCAGCGGCGCGGCGUGGUGUCGCGCAUGCGCGACGGCUGCGCGCCGCUGUUCGUGGCGUGCAAGCGCGGCAACGUGGAGAUCGUGGAGUACCUGGUGCACGUGUGCGACGCCGAGCUGGAGCAGCGCGGCGUGUACGAGGUGGCGGACGAGCGCAGCGUGCACACGGUGACGCCGCUGUGGUGCGCCGCCGUGGCGGGCCGCCUCGAGGUGCUGCGCGUGCUGGCCGACGCGGGCGCCGACGUGGACGCGGGCUCCGACUCGGGCUCCACGCCCGUGCGCUCCGCCUGCUUCAUGACGCACGAGGACGUGGUGCGCUUCCUGGUGGCGCGCGGCGCCGACAUCCACCGGCCCAACCACAACGGCGGCACGUGCCUCAUCAACUCGGUGCAGUCGGUGCGCCUGUGCACGUUCCUGCUGCAGCACGGCGCCGCCGUGGACGCGCGCGACAUGCAGCUGAAGACGGCGCUGCACUACGCCAUCCAGGAGCACCGCGUGGAGACGGCGCGCCUGCUGCUGGAGGCCGGCGCCGACCCGCACCUGCAGUCCCGCGCCGGCGACGACGCGCUGCGCACGGCGUGCCUCAAGGGCGCGGCGCAGAUCGUGACGCUGCUGAUGUCGCGCGUGCGCUACGGCGCGGCGCGCGCCGCCGACGCCUACGAGCUGCUGGGCGCCACGCAGCUGGACGAGUUCAACGACGCGCACGCGGCGCUGGCGGCCUGGCGCCGGGCCACGUGCCUGCGCCACGCCCGCGGGGCCUACGCCGCCAAGCGGCCCGCGCGGCCGCCGCGCCCGGCGCUGGGCGGCGCCCGCGAGUGGCGCUCGCUGGCCGAGCUGGACGCCGCGGCCACCGACAUGGACGCGCUGCGCACGCAGGCGCUGCUCGUGGCCGAGCGCGUGCUGGGGCCCGACCACAAGGACACCGUCUUCCGGCUCAUGUACCGAGGCGCGUCGUAUGCGGAUGCGUUCCGCUACCAGCGCUGCAUCGACCUGUGGAUCUGGGCGCUGCAGAUCCGCAUCGAGAAGGACACGCUGCUUUACACAGACACGUGCCACACGGCGUGCGCGCUGACGCGGCUGAUGCUGGACGCGCGGCUGGGCCGGCUGGAGCGCGGCCGCGGGCUGCCGCGCCACGAGGACGUGAUGGCCGUGUUCCAGCUGCUGGCCACGCACCUGCCGCUGGCCAGGGACGCGCUGCUGCAGAAUCCCAUGCACAAGAAGCAGGCCGACACGUACGACCGCGCGCUGCGCUGCGUGACGCACGUGGCGUGGCUGCUGCUGCGCACGGCGGCGGGCGCGGCGCAGCGGGCGGCGGUGCGCGCGGCCGUGCGGCGCCUGGCGGCCGCCGACGUGCGCUCGGCGCACACGCGCGACACGCUGCUGCACCUGUGCGCCUCGCGGCUCAACGUCAUCCGCUCCACCUACUUCGCCGACGAGAUCCAGGUGCCGCCCAUCUUCCCGUCGGUGGAGGUGGUGCAGCUGCUGCUGGAGUGCGGCGCCUCGGCCCAGACCCGCAACGAGGCCCGCUCCACGCCGCUGCACGUCGCCGCCAUACACUACAACUUCUCCACGGAACUCGUCGAGGCGCUGGUCCGCGGCGGCGGGCACCUGGACACGCCCAACCGCUUCGGCGACUGCGCGGCCGAGCUGGUGGCGCUCAACCGCGCGUCGCGCGUGCGCGUGCUGCAGCACGUGUCGCUGCGCUGCUGCGCGGCACGCGCGCUGCUGCGGGCCGGCACGGUGCCGCCGCCCGGCGUGCUGCCCGCCACGCUCGAGGCCUUCCUCGACCUGCACCGCGCCUGAGCGGCACGUGCGCUGCUGCAGCCCGGCACCCGCGCGACACACUCGAUGUCGACUGUGGCUCCACGUAUACGUAAAUCUCAAAAACAUAAUUACAUCGUGUGACGGUUUGUCAUUUCACAAAAAAAAUCGACGCCUAAAGGGCUAAUCUAUUCUUGUUACAUAUCCAUCUUAAAGUGGACAAAUAAUACAACGCCAAAAUAAUCAUUAUAGUAUAUGUUGUAAAGAUUACAGUUAGAUUAAUUUAUGGCUUACAUGAGUUGUCACAUUUAACAGUACAGUUUACUUAAUAGACAUUUUUAUAAACUAUAGUACAUUGUUCACUGAGGGAGCAAAUUGAUCGAUUACCAAUGAGGGUGUAGUUUGAUACACGCCAGUUGGAAACAGCACAUAGUACUUUAUACUACACCUACAAGGAAAAUAGAUAAUAUUUUUGUAUAACCAUUUUCAUAUUAAAAAUUCAUAUACAAUCAAUAUGGCAAGUCGCGCGCGAUUGUUAUUUGUAAUAAUAUUGUUGUAUAUGUUAUUUUUUAAAUAUUUACAGCCGCACGCAGCGCCCCCUACCACAUACAAUUUUGCCGCACACCCUGUUUGUCAUUUGACAUUGAAAAUUUAGAAUGCGAGCGGGAUUGGGAUUUUCAAACACUUUUCUCCUCCACUUAAUUUGUAUGUCAUGUUGACAAUGUCGUAUUUUGUGCAAAUAUAUUAACAUUGAUUGUGAUCUCAAUAAAGUUCAUUGACAUGAGCCCACACCCUUUUCAAAAAAAGAAGACGCCGAAUAGGUGUAGUAUGAAACAAUUAUUAUUACUUUAAUAUCGUAAGUACAUUAUAUCAUAUUAUUAUGUGGAAUACAAACUAUGUGUCUUUCAUUAUAUUCGUGACAUAGAGCAACGUUAUUUAGAAGUAUUCAUAUUGACAAUUGUAAAUGUAGUUUAGAUAUUUAAAUUAUUAUGUACGUAUAUAUUAGCGGGGCUGUGUCCUCCACUAAAUUGUGAUAAAGUAUUAUUUAUUGUGUGCGUUACCCCAGCAAGAAAGUAUCUCCUAGAGUUAUAUGAGUAGAACGUAUAGUUGGUGCCUUAUCUGCUGUAAAUGUGCCCCCACAUAAAAAAUGUGUGCCCCCUGUCGUUUCGAAAAAAAAUCGAAAAAACGAUUCUUGCUGGGGUAACGUUUUUCUAGCAGGAAAAUUCUAAACGAAUGAUCGGAGAGAGAAAAACUGUGCAUGGCCAGAUAGCUUAUAUGUGUGCCAAAAUGUGCCCCCAAAAAUAAAAUCUGUGCCCCUUCAGAUUUUCGAGAUAUUGCAUUUCCUGCUGGAGUAACGUUUUGAUGAAUAGUAUAUCUCUAAAACCAUUGCAUGUGCCCCUGUAGAAUAAACAUACGCGAGUAGCUCUUAAUGUGUGCCCCUUUGUGCCCCAAUUAGAUUUUAGAAAAUAUUUAUAGUUUUCAAGUUAUCGCGGUUUUAUGAAAACCCGAAAAAACAUCGCAGCGCCUAAAUGAGACAAGGCAUAACUUCGCUGAAAACUGUAUUCGGUCUUUCUUGACGCUAAUAAUAACCAUACAAAGUUUCAAAAAUGUUCAUGCAUGCGUUUUUGAAUAAUCUUGCUAAAAGUAAAAACGAUGGUGUCAUAACUUUGACGGCAAAAUACAAGGAACUGGCACAAUCCCAGAUGUGUAGGUGUAAACCAAAAUCUUGUGCCUUUAGUCAAAAAUAUAUGGUGAAAAUAUUGAGCUUCAAAUGUUACGCAUUAAGUAAAUAUAAACAAAAAACCAAAAUAUGUAAACAACGGCUGGUUAUCCGACCAAAUUUGAAUGACUACUAAAAAGCGACGGAUUCAUACAUAUCGAUGACCUUCUUUACUUUACUCACUAACCGGUUCACACGUGUUGUGCCUGAGUACACUGAAGUAGAAAAGUAAUAACUAAUAAAAUAAAGUUUUUAUUGGAUUAUAUUUUAAUAGCUGUUUCUAUGACCUUACACAUGAUUAAGUACAUUUAUAAGAGCCAUUUUCAAAUAAAAUGUACAUGUGAAUAACAUGCUCAAAAUCGUGACCAAACUGUUUUGUGACAUACCUGUAUUUUUAUACUAAUGUAAAUAAUAAUUUCCACAUCAACAAGCUGUUUCAUUUAUAUAGUCACAAGGUGCAUUUAAUAUAUUUUUUAAUUAGCCCUCAAAACUUUUGAACGCGACUGUAAGGACAACAGCUUAGGUAUAAUACGUCCAAUAAAGAAGGUCCUCGUUAAGUAUGAAUCCGUCGCUUUUUAGUAGUCAUUCAGAUUUGGUCGGAUAACCAGCCGUUGUUUACAUAUUUUGGUUUUUUGUUUAUAUUUACUUAAUGCGUAACAUUUGAAGCUCAAUAUUUUCACCAUAUAUUUUUGACUAAAGGCACAAGAUUUUGGUUUACACCUACACAUCUGGGAUUGUGCCAGUUCCUUGUAUUUUGCCGUCAAAGUUAUGACACCAUCGUUUUUACUUUUAGCAAGAUUAUUCAAAAACGCAUGCAUGAACAUUUUUGAAACUUUGUAUGGUUAUUAUUAGCGUCAAGAAAGACCGAAUACAGUUUUCAGCGAAGUUAUGCCUUGUCUCAUUUAGGCGCUGCGAUGUUUUUUCGGGUUUUCAUAAAACCGCGAUAACUUGAAAACUAUAAAUAUUUUCUAAAAUCUAAUUGGGGCACAAAGGGGCACACAUUAAGAGCUACUCGCGUAUGUUUAUUCUACAGGGGCACAUGCAAUGGUUUUAGAGAUAUACUAUUCAUCAAAACGUUACUCCAGCAGGAAAUGCAAUAUCUCGAAAAUCUGAAGGGGCACAGAUUUUAUUUUUGGGGGCACAUUUUGGCACACAUAUAAGCUAUCUGGCCAUGCACAGUUUUUCUCUCUCCGAUCAUUCGUUUAGAAUUUUCCUGCUAGAAAAACGUUACCCCAGCAAGAAUCGUUUUUUCGAUUUUUUUUCGAAACGACAGGGGGCACACAUUUUUUAUGUGGGGCACAUUUACAGCAGAUAAGGCACCAACUAUACGUUCUACUCAUAUAACUCUAGGAGAUACUUUCUUGCUGGGGUAACGCACACUUAUUUAUUAUGUCUGUUGGCGAGUGAAACGAACAAUGGUAGCGAUCAGUGCAUGCAUCGUCGUGUACGCAUAUAAUUAUUGUAAUUAGUCAAUGGCGGGAGCGCCCGCCUGUACUCUCUAUGAUAAAUAAAACAAUUAUUGGAUUA